AGCUCCUCUUUCCGAGGAAAACAAAGACAGUUAUCGGUGGCAGUCGGUGUCUUAGCCUUGAAAAAUUAGACUACAGCACGAUUAAAAUAGCGAGGAAGACCCAACACAGCCGGGUUUAAAGUGGGAGGUUUGAGGGCUCAACAGCUUUCCUAAUGAUUCAUCAGCAUUAAAGCAACUUUGAUACUUCUUCAGGAUGGCUAGUUGUGGAGAGGUCGACCACUCUGUUGACUCACUUCCAUCCAGUAAGAAGGGUGGUGGAGGUGGGAAUGGUGCAGAAUCAUCAUGCUCUGGCAACUCAUCUCCUCCUCUAACCGUGCCAGAGUGUGCCAUCUGUCUGCAGAGCUGUGUCCACCCAGUCCAACUGCCGUGCCAUCAUGUCUUCUGCUUCCUGUGCGUGAAGGGAGCGUCCUGGCAGAGCAAACGCUGCGCUCUUUGCAGACAGGAAGUACCAGAUGAUUUCUUGGAAAGGCCUACCCUUCUCUCUCCGGAGGAGCUGAAAGCAUCAGCUGGAGGUCGGGGUGGGGCAACGAGUGACCACGCUUGGUAUUAUGAGGGUCGUAAUGGCUGGUGGCAGUAUGACGAGCGAACCAGCCGUGAGCUGGAAGAUGCUUUCUCUAAGGGCAAGAAGACUGCAGAAAUGCUAAUCGCCGGGUUUCUGUACGUAGCUGACUUAGAGAAUAUGGUGCAGUACAGGCGGAACGAGCACGGUCGUAGGCGCAAGAUGAAGAGAGACGUUUUAGAUAUUCCAAAGAAAGGAGUGGCUGGACUGAGGUUGGACGCUGAGGCUGUUGCUGGGGCUCUGGGGCCAGCUGGUCGUGGGAACUUUGCAGAUGGGGCUGAUAUGUCAGUAGCAGGAAUACAGCAACAGGUUACGAUCAUCCCCUCCAUCGCUACAGCCCCCUCAGCUACUGCCCGGCCUCCCACUUCCCUGGGGGGCCAGCCCGGCCCAAGUUCUAGCCCCUCUCUGGAGAAUGCUCUCUCACAGCUGCAUAUCAGCCCCAGACCUCUGCCUUCCAAUGAACGGUCUGAAGCUGGGGAGGGGGAAGACAGAGAGGAGGAGACAUCACCCUCCAGGUCUUCUGACCCUCACACUCCUGUGGACGAGUCCGGCGACUGGAGCGACGACGAGGAAGAGGAGGGAGGAGAUGGUGAUCACGCAGAGCAUUGGGAGGACUGGCCACGGAGACGAAGACUGUCCCCAGAGACCAGAGCCCGACCCCGUGCAGAGUCUGCCUCCCCCCCUCCAUCAUCUGGUGGCAGUGGAAGGUCCAGGAUGCCUGAUGGUCAGUGCACAGUGACUGAAGUGUGAAGAGACAAGUCAUUUAGUCCUGACUGGUCUUCACUCAGUUCCACGUCUGGUGUGGGACAACUGGUACAAGAGCAACACGAUACAACGCAGGACCGCUUUUUGAUCUGGAUGAUUUCUAACUGGGUGAAGCCGACUCGUGCAUCGGGUUCUUCCAGUCCAUAAAUAACUUUGAAGUUUUUCAGCCUCGACAUGACAGCAGUUAAUGUUAACAUGCUUUUAAGGUUCAGUUGUGUCUCCGCUUGGUUUUAGCUCCACGUAUCUUGAGUUCAUUCUUUUUUAAAUUCCACAGAAGCUGAAGCGAUGGUGUAAACGUUACUCACCCAGUACUCAGGGGGCUUCUGGGAGUCCUGGUUCCAUUUGUUACUUGCAGUGAAAACAGAGUGGAAUCCUGGACAUGGAGCCAAGUUGUGAUUUGAAUUCUCUCCGCUGUCACAGAAAUGAACUCGAUGGAGCUCAAGUCAUCUGAGAUAACUAUUCGCCAGUUCUCAUCCUACUUCAAUCACUUUCUUCACAUUAUUUUUAAAGUGUUUAAUUCAAAACUCUCAAACUUAAACUUUGGAAAAUAUAAUUUCAGAGCAGGCUGCGUUUCAAAAGAAUUCGACCACUUGACGAAGGGAAACAAAAAUGAGCUACUUGUGCUUUAAAGCGUUCCACUUAAUGUUUGAAGUGCUCCACAGGCUGCUGGCUUUGAGCUGAUUUCAGAUUACUCACAGAAAAUUUAGGAGAUUAGUACAAUUCAGAUUUAUUUCAUUGUUGCACAGCGUUAAAGAAUUGGCGUUUUUAUUGUGAAUUCAUGUUUUUCAUUUUUAGCAGCUGCAGCUUCCUAAAUGUUCUUGUUGUGCCGGAGUAAAGAAACAUCAAGUGUAUGUAAAGUUUUGUGAUUUGUGUGUUUUAAAGAGAGUUGCUUAGACGUUUCUGGUUGGCAGGUCGAUGAAAACUGUUAUUUUCUGUUUGCGUUUUGUUCCGGUGGUGAAUCUCGUCACGUAUCGUCCGAGGGAGUAAAGUAAGGCCACGCUGCAGAAGUUUCAAGUGAUACUUUUAUAUUCCUUACCUCAUCGACUUUUUGACUCUUCAUUCUGAGGAAUAAAGUUUGUCUAACCAGUUUGGCUUAAAAAUGGUCUUGUUAC